CCGUGACCUUAUUCGCUGUGUAUGUAACGUUGGAGGAAAAUGACUGAACAGAGAUGUGAUUGUUCCGUUUUGCUUUCGACACCAGUGAACUGUUGGCUCGCUUUAACGACUUAACAGCGAGAAUAAGGACCACAGUAAAGCUGUCUAACUACCGGAAUGUCGUUACAAUCGGAAACGACAGUCGGUUAUUUAGUGAAUUUCGUCAGACAGACUUCAGGUGAUGCUAAACGGCCAUCCAACUAACGUUAAACGAAAUUAGCCCGUAUGUCGGUUAUUGGACAGCCUCUGUUCUUCUGCCUUUCAGCUGUUUGCUACAUGACAGUCGACGUCUUUGUCCGUUAAUUAACGCCAGGUGUGAAGCAGUAGCUGUAACGUUAGUUGCUUUACUGGGACCCUUCGGUGGCGUUGACAGCCACGUCAGCUAACGUUAGCUUAACGCUAGUUACAUCUACACAGCCUGUGUUAGACUGCGAGCAGCUGGGCUGUUGGUUUGUGCUGUGAUUCGUAUUAUACAAGCUAAACGCUAAGAGAAGUCUUCCGAGACAAUGGCUCCUAUGGGUAUCCGGCUGUCACCGCUCGGUGUGGCGGUGUUCUGCCUCCUAGGAGUCGGUGUCAUCUACCACCUGUACGCAGGGGUCAUCUCCAACCGCCUGGCUGCUUUCAGACAGAGAAGAACAGUGGAUCUGAGGGAGCUGCUGGCUGUCUCAGUGGAGGCUGCAGUGCUAGGUGGCACAGAGGUGAAGAAGGUGCGUGAAGAAAAUGGCCUGAAAGAGAAGUCAAAGGGCAAGACAAGGGAGGGAGCCAAUGAGCUUCUGACUAUGGGUGACCUGCAGUCUCAUAGAAAGAUGUUUAACCUCAUAAGCAACACCUUCCCUGAAGUCACGGUGAACAGUGAGGAACAUGACAGCAUGGUGGAUAAGGCCGCAGCCUGGAGCCGGGACAUUCCAGCUGACAUACGAGACAAGAUAGACGGCGGCAAAGACGUUCCUGCUGAGAGUGUCACUGUGUGGAUCGAUCCUCUAGAUGCUACGCAGGAAUAUACAGAGAAUCUACCACAGUAUGUGACCACAAUGGUAUGUGUGGCUGUAGAUGGUAAACCAAUCAUCGGGGUCAUACACCAGCCAUUUACUGGGUUCACUGCCUGGGCGUUUGUAGGUCAGGCGUCAAACAUGCGUCCCCGGUCAGCCUACAGUAUCAGCCCUCCAAAGGUGAUUGUGUCACGUUCCCACUCUGGAAAAGUUAAAAGUUUUGUUCAGGAUGCUUUUGGAAACAGCACAACAGUCAUAGGAGCAGGUGGAGCAGGAUAUAAGGUCCUGUCACUUUUGGAGAUGCCUACCAGUGAAACAGCUCCUAUGGAACAGGCAGACAUUUACAUCCACGUCACAUAUAUUAAAAAGUGGGACAUCUGCGCUGGUGCUGCAAUACUGAAUGCACUGGGAGGCCACAUGACAACCGUGAAGGGAGAGGACAUCGACUACAGUGGAACACCAGUCAACAAAGGAGGACUGGUGGCCAGUGUUGGUGUGGACCAUAAGGCCAUACUGGAGAAGCUACCAAACUUGGAACCUGAAAAGCACUGAGAGAAACAAACACAGAGCCAUUGGUAGUUUGGUCAGGUUGUGGUAAGGGCAACAUGUGGCAGCCCUUUUCUAUAACUGAGAAUGUGCUGCAAAUAUAACCAUGCCCGUAUGAUUUCAUCAUCGUGGGACACCAAACAUCCGCCACUCAGAUGGAUUGGAGUCACCGGCACAGGCCACUGAGCAGGACUGUGGAACCAACAUGGCUGCCACUGGAAACUGCAACGGCUGACACAAUGGCUCUGAAUGCACAGUCCUGUACAUGCAUACAUAUGUGCAGCUAGGAGAAAUGGUACACCUUCCUCUUCAUGUGCAUAUAUACACAAACACAUGCUCACAGUGAACACUGGACAGCCACCCUCCCCAAGUCCCUGCACCUUCAGAUGCUCUAAUGACUCUAAUGUGAAAUGUUAAACUGAGGAGCACAAUGCUGAACAUUACAGCAGAACCAAUGGAGUGACUGAGUCGAUUAUGUUUCAUUAUUUGGUCCCAUCGUCAUCACAUGUGAUUCCAUUGAAAACACAAGAGUAGGAAACACCAUGUAUUCCUCACAUGCACAGUUUCAUUCACAUCAGCUGAGGUCAGUUAGUGGAUCAACAAGCUAUCAGGAUCAGGAAACUCACCUGACAGGAAACAAUGAGCCUCAGUGCCCUAAAAAACAAAUAUGGGAUUACUGCUCACUGGAUUCAUCAACAGACCAUUUGUUCACCAGCACCAUUAUACCGCAACAGUUCACGUCACACAGUCUCAAAGUGGUCUGCUGCUUUAAAGUUGUUAGCUGAGGCAGCAACAAGAGCUUUUCAAAUUUGGAUUGGCAAUCAACACUACAACCAUGAGUGUCGGCUCCGCCAGAAGACAUUUACCCCACAUAAGUCACAGAAAUGUUUUAUUUGUUGGCCUUGCCCACGCUGUAGAUGCAGGUCUGUCAAACUCUGGGUCAGGACCAGUGUAGUAUUUUUUUUUUUAAAGAGCCUGGGCUCCAGUAUAAAUGCAUUGAUUUGAUCUUCCCUCAUCCUUGUUUACCCUCACCCUCUUGUUUUGAGAGAUUUUUGAAGUAGUCCCAUCUCAGUAAGCAGAAAACUUUACCAAGCAAAACUCAAGAGGGAAAGUUCCACUUUUAGAGAGUAACAACCACAAAUUUUAUUGUUGGUUAGUUGACAUGAGUCUGAGAAAGUGUUUGCAAAAAAAGUGAACUGCUAAAAUUGGCUGAACAAGUCCAACUCAAACAAUAGUAAAUUAAUGGUAGACUACAUUAUUUCUCAAGUCACGGCAAGGGCUGGAAGGGAUUAGAUUUACUAAGUUAUUAAUUUCACUGAAAUAUGUUAUAGCCAAAAAGGCAGAAAAGAGUGUGAUGGUCAUGGGGACCUUUUGAAGCAAAAGUAGUUUAUUUUCUUUCUUUUUUUUUUCUAGGAAAGAUUUUGGGCUGAUUAAACCUAUUCUCAGGUUUGGGUGUGGGAAUUUGAUACCUACCAAGUCUAUCAAGAGCAGAAGCAGGGAAGUUGAAGGGAUGCUUAAUGUCUGGCAGUGAGUGCAGAGAUGGAGAUGGAAGAUGAAAAGUGAUAGAAAAGUGUUUAAUGAACCUAAAAGAUUCUGUAUGCGACAUUCAGAGCAUUAAUGUAGCAUCAAACAACUAUUUGCUGUGUAAAGAUAUAGUGGAGUAUUGGUGUCCUGAACAGAGAAUGAAGUCACACUCUGUGUGUGUUGUAAUCCCAGCUCUGCUCAUUUCUGUGCUAGACAGUCCAGCGGGGUGUGCGCAUGUGAGUCCCUGUGUGUGUUCAUACUACGACUACCACUGAUGAUGCCAUCCAAACCCACAGUGGCAGAACAGUGUUUUUGUGUAGUGCCCACCCUCCAGUUGUCCUCAUUGACUAAAAAUAAUAGACGAAGCUACUGACAUACUGACAUCACCCAUUGGUUUGUGUACUCCUGUUUUGAAGCCCAGAGUUCAGCAUUUCAGCUGUCGCCAUCUUGGUUUUUUAGAGCCAGAAGUGACCAUAUUUGUGUGAGAGGAUGGAGCUGUGGAGGAGCAAGGGAUGGAUCUGAAAAGCCGAGGAAACUAUCAACAGAUCAUCCCUUAAUUAUGCUUAACUUCAAGUCUUAUUAAUAUAUAGUUAUAUAAAAAGUCACCCCUCAUACAGUUGGCAUGAAGGGAGAGAUUAGCUAUAGAGACUAAAACUGUUUAUUGUACCAGGCUGGAACUUCUGGAACCAGCCUCAAGUGGCCAUUCAAAGAACGGAAAUUUUUGGCACUUCUGUGUUGGCUUCAUUUCUCAGACUCUCAGUCAUAGUUAUGCUCUGAAUGUCACAUACAGCCCCGUAACCCUGAGCAGAGGGUCAGUCAGAAUAACUUAAAACGUGCAAACAUGUUUUUAUCUUCCUCAACAUCCUGUAAAUGCUUGCAAUGAGCUGGACUGAUCUGAAGUCAUUAAGCACCUUCCCAGUCUGUUUCUCCACACAUCAUCACCUCUCCAGUCCAAAAACACUAUUGGUUGGACUGGUGCAUGUCUCAGUGAGUUAAGAGCAGGGGAUCAGCUCUCAGGCUGACCAUUGGAUGUGUUUGCCGCUGAUGAGAACAAUGUAUAAAAACAAGUCCCAAUAUGUACAGUCACAUUCAGGACUUAAACACUGACCAAUUGCCACAUGGGCAGUUGGUCAUUACAGAAGAAAAGCAUUUGUGUUUCAGUGAUGUCACCAUAUGGAAGUUUAGAAAAAAAAACAAGACUAACCAAGCUGGAUCAGAACACUUCCUCCUCACUGUUUGCAAACCAUUUCUGUUACUUGAUACUGUGCUGUGCACUAUCAAAUACUGCAGAUUUCAUUGAUGUAAAAGUGAUACCCUGGUACUAGUCAUAUUUUGUUGAAGACUGGACUGUAUGCUGUGUUGGACAUGUGCUUGCAUGGUUUUAUAUUCUGAUUAACCUUUGGAACACUUUUCACCCUCACCGGCUCUAUCAAUCCCUAUUUCUGUGGACUACUGUAGGUCUUUCUGUACUGUCUGAUGUAAGCUCAUGUCAGUGUCUUGAAGAAGAUAGACUUACAAGUGACCUGUUUAAUGUUCAGUUUGUCUCAGCAGCCUUUGUAUGAUAACCUUGUAUAGAUACAACAUGUGUAUAGAGGUUAAGAGUUAAAUGUUUAUUCAACAUGUAUUGCUCAGACUGAAGAUAAUAGGUGACGACUAGGAGUAGCCAUUAGCAGGUUCAGCACCUAUUCUGGAUGGUGUUAUGCUCGACUCAAGGAGACAACAGGACACAGCUUUCGGUCUCAAAGCCCGAGCUGUUGCACCUACAAGAGGUCGGGUCUUCAAGUGCUACAUUUCAGUUUUAUGAUUCGAGUGCCUUUGAUCGUUGUCCUAAGAUGAAAGUGUUAGCCACAGCUCUCAACAUGAUUUCUGUAGAUGUUGCUAUGGUAACGAUGGAUAAUAUGCAAGGGUAAUGCUGCAAUACCAAUUUAAGUGGUAUUACAGUGACAUGGAAAUCACAUGGGUAAUAUAGUUUUGUUGGGGUGGAGAUAUGAGUGAUGUACAUUCUCUCAAUCUGGGAUUAUGCUGCUUGUGUGCUGUUAGAAAGAAGUGGUUGAGUACAAAUCAGAGUUAUGGAUUAAAGGGGAACUCCAUUAAUUUUACAUAAUAUGAAGUCAUAGUGUGUUUACAGGUGUUGGGGAGUACUACUGCAUAUUUGAAAAAUGUUGAAUAAAGUCUUUUGUGGCUCCAGAGGGAGCUGUGUGUGAAAUCUGA